AUGUCAGCUCAACCUAACGUAACAUCUUCUCCAACGAACGAGGACAAAAAUUGGGGUCAUUUUCCGCUAUUGUGGCUCCAGUAUCAUUCUACAAAUUCAAAAUCUAAUCCAAUAAUACCAUCUCCAAUUAGACUUCAUAUCCAUAAUCAUACUGAUUCAUUAAAUUCAACAAAUAAAGUACAUGUUUCUGUUACACCAACGAAAGAUUCUGAUUCAACAUGUUCACCAUCUGACAAUCUAUCGUUCCAAGCUCUUGAAAAUUCUGUUAUUAGUUUUUCAUCUCCUUCAAAUCUUGGAACAAGACGAAGAAAUUCAUCAACAUCAACCAAUUCAUUUGUAUUUGAUACACCAUGUUCAUCAUUUUCACGUAAGACAACAAAUAAUACAAUAUCAAAUUCACAAAUUAUAAUAAAAAAUGAACGUGAAACUCAAACAUUAUUAUUAACAAAUAUUGAUAUGAUUCAUCAAUUAAUAUUACAAAUGAAUGAGAAUGAAUAUAAAAUAGAUUAUAAUUCAAUUGAAAUUUCAAAAAACUUAUUUCAACAAUGUGCAGCAUUUUUUUCCACUAAUAAAUAUCAAACAAUAAAUUCAUUUAUUAAAAAACAACUUUUUAAUUUUGGUCGAUAUGAAAUUGAAAUUCUUUUUCCAAUAAAUAGUAAUAAAACUUCAACCAUUUAUGCAUGUGACAUCUGUUUAAAACAUUUUCAUGGUAGUUCAAUAGCAUUUCAACGUCAUACUGCUAAAUGUUUAUCAAUUCAACCACCAGGUAAACUUGUUUAUAAUGAAAAUGAUCUAGCAAUUUUUCAAAUUGGUGAAACAAAACUAAAUAUUGAACAACGUAUUUAUCUUAAAUCAUUAUGUCGUAUUGCUCGUUUAUUUCUUGAUUCAAAUAAAAGCAUUGAUGAUACAAAAAUUGAUCGAUUUACUUAUUAUAUUCUAUGUCGUAGAGAUCCAAUUUUAUCACAAUGUCAGCCUUCUCUUUAUCGUUUUAUUGGUUACUUUUCUAAACAAACCAAUCAACAUGUUCAACAUUCCAUUAAUAAUUUAUCUUGUUUAUUCGUUUUACCUUCUUUUGCUCAACAUCAAGAAUACAAUCAAUUAUUAAUUGCAUUUAGCUAUUUUCUUACUCGUUCGAAUGCGUCUUCAAAUCUAAUAUAUAGUUCACCUGCUCGUCCGCUUGAUAUUAUAUCGUUGUCUGCUUUACGAAUAUAUUGGCGUGAUAUUGUAUUGGCUUAUAUAAUCAAUCAUAAUCAAUCUUCUACUAAAACUGUUACACUCGAUGCUCUUGCACGUCAAACAUUUAUCCAUCCACGAGAUAUUCUUUCAAGCUUAUAUUCUAAUGGUUUUAUUGUUCCACAUCCUAAGGAUAAAUCAUGUGUUUAUAUUCUUAAUAAUGCAUAUCAAUCGAUAUCAUCGAGAAAUUUACAUAUUAGAAAUAAACCAUUAUUUAUGAAUAUGAAAUUGAUUAAUAUUAAUGACAAGAAUAAUAUUACGAUUGAUAAAAAAAGAAAUGUUAUACAUACAAAUAAAGAAGCGCGUGCAAGUGUAACUAUGCCCGUGUUUCAUACAAAAACAAUUGAAAGUAUUUUGGAACCCGUAGCACAACAGGUAUCUCGUCUAGUUAUUUUACAUGAAGAAUCAUCAGAUGAUAAUAAUCUUAUACCCGAUCUUUCAAAACCCGUUCAAAUAGUUAAAUCAGCUGUUGAUAAUCUUGUUAAAGUUAGCCAUGAAACAUGUUUAACAAGUACAGAUGAUCUAUUACGUACUGAUAUGCCACAAGCAUUAGCACGUGUUAAUAAAGCAUCAACAUUAUUAAUUGAUGCUGCUCAUAUACUUAAAUAUGAACCAUGUUCAAUCAAAGGACGGCAAAUGUUAAUUGAAGGAGCACGAUGUAUUUUACAAGGUAUAUCAGCUCUACUUUUGACAUUUGAUGAAUCUGAAGUACGAAAGAUAGUUAUUAUAUGUCAACAUGUUCUCAAUCAUUUAUCAUAUAUCGAAAUGAUCGAAACAAUAGAACAACUUGUCGAUUUUGUUAAGAAUUUAACACCAAUACUAACUCGAAUGAGUAAAGAAGUUGAUUUACGUAUAAAUGAAUUAACUCAUAUUAUUCAUCGUCAAUUAUUAACUCGAUCACUAGAACAAGUUAAAACUUUAACACCAUUAUUAAUUUCAAGUAUUAAUGUUUAUAUAACAUCAAAAUAUACGGGUGGUCAUACAAUUGUUGAAUCAAUAGAAAAUCGUGAUUAUAUUGUAAAUAAAAUGAGUGAUGAACUCGGUGAAAUAAUUCGAAUACUUCAAUUAACAACAAUUGAUGAUGUUUUAUUAAAUGAAUUUGAUGAAGAUGAACAACAUAAUUUAAAAAAACUUCUUAAAACUCUUGGUAAUCGUUUAUAUCAAGCAAAAAAUUGGUUAUCAAAUUCUCAAGCAUUAGAAGGCACAUUAGCUGAAAGAUCAUUACGUAUGGUUCUUGAUGAUUUACGUAUACAUAUAACUGAACAUUGUCUCGAUGAGAAACAAGCAGAUGUGUUAAUGCAAAAAGUUGAUGCAAUUUCACAAAUGAUGAAUCGUUUAUUACAAUUACGAGUACAAUCGAAAGGUGAUACUAAUGAAGCAACUAGUCUGUCACGUAAUAUAUCUCAGCAACUUGAUGAUCUUUAUCGAUCAUUAGAGUAUGCAAUUAAUUUAUUAAGAUAUACAUCUGAUUAUCAACGACCAGCAACGACUGUUAAUGGAAAAGUUGAUCAAGCACAAAGAUGGCUUUUACAACCAGAUCUAGACCAAUUUGGAUUUGGUGAAUUUGCUAUUCGAAGUCUUAUUAAAAUAGGCCGUCAGUUAGUUAGUAUUUGUGAAUUAUCUUAUCGUCGUGAUCUUCUCGAAUGUUGUCUUAAUAUCGAGAAUUUAUUAUUAAAAUAUAAAGAUUUAUUACGAAGACGAUUACCUACUAAUGGACCAGAAUGUGUUAUGAUAAGUCGUUCUUUAUCUUCACAUAUUUAUCAAUUACAAUGUCGUCUUCAAGAAGCUAUUAUUUAUCAAGUGUCCGACGAUUUUAUGGAUAUAACAUCAACAAUAAGAACAUUACGAGAAGUUGCUUUUCAAUCAUCAAAUGAACCAAAUCGGCAAGAGCUAUUUCAAACAGCUAUGCAAGAUUUUAUAAAUCACUCAUCAACAUUAACACAAACAGCACGCUUAGCUGCCAAUGGAACAUCAUGUCGAUCAAAAUCGACGAUUGAAACAAUUAAUAUAACUUCAUCACAAAUCAAUGAUCUAACACCUCAAGUUAUUUAUGCAGCUCGUAUUGUUUUUGGCGAUCCAACUAGUUCAUUAGCAACUCAAGAGCAUUUUGAUCUUCUUCGUGAUCAAUGGCUAACACAAAUGGAAUAUCUACGAAGACAAGUUGAUGAAGCUAUUCCAUCUGAUGAAUUUGUUAAAGCUUGUGAAGAAGCAAUUAUUCAUGAUACACAACAAACAGAAAAGGCUGUAGCUGAUUUAAAUUCUUCAAUUAUUAUUGAUAGUACAUCGAAUAUAAUUCGACGUGCUAAUCGUAUUUUACUUGUAACAUAUCAAGAAAUUGAAAAUUCGGAAGAUUCAACAUUUACAACACAACUUCAGAAAGUAUCUAAUACAUUUAAAGAAACUUUCCCACCAAUGAUUUCUGCAGCUAAACAAUUAGCUUUAAGUCCAGAUAAUAAACUAAUACAUUCAAAAUGGCAACAAACGAAUAAUGAAUUAAUCGAUGCUAUCGGAAAUAUACGUGAAACACUUCAACCAUUAACAACAAAUCUUGCUAAUGAAAUAGCACAAAUUUCAUUUUAUCAUGAUAGUCGUAGUGCAUCACGAUCUCCACCUCCUCGGCCACCAUUGCCAUCUGAUGAAGAAUUGUCAGCAUCUGCUGCUCCACCACGACCACCCUUACCAGUUUUCGAACCAAAAGAUGAAGACAUGUAUGAUAAAGAUUUACCAUUACCUCAAUCAAAUCAGCCAAUGCUAAUGGCUGCACAUGAUUUACAUAUGAAUAUAAAACAAUAUUCAAGUCAUGAUAAUGAACUUAUUGCAUUAGCAAAAAAAAUGACACAUUUUGUUGCUCAAUUGAGUCUACUUAUUCGUGGUGAAACAGGAACAAAACGUGAUUUAAUUGCAACAUCACGAGAACUUGCGGAAAUAUCUGAACAUAUCACAUACUUUGCUAAGCAAAUAGCAAAGGAAUGUAUGGAUCGACGAAUGCGUACACAUUUACUUCAAGUUAGUGAACGUAUACCAACAAUUGGUACACAACUUAAAAUAUUAUCAACAGUAAAAGCAACUAUGUUUGGUAUCUAUGAUUUUCUACCACGUAGUUUAAGUAAAAAUGAACGAGCAAUGAUUAACUCAGAAGAAGAUGCUGAAGCAACUGAAAUGCUUAUUAGUAAUGCACAAAAUUUAAUGCAAUCUAUUAAAGAAACAGUAAAAGCAGCUGAAAUUGCAUCAGAUAAAAUUCGUCGUACGGACAACGGAAUUCGUCUACGAUGGACAAGACGAACUCGUUAG